UUCUUUUUUCCCUUUUCUCCAGACUGGCCAGGCAUCGGAUGAUUGUUGAGCCUGAGGUAGUGAUGGAGGCAGAAUCUGAGGAUGAGGGCGAACCUUGGCAUGUAGAUCGCGAGGACACCAGUGAAGAGGAAGAGGAGGAAGUGGACGAUGAGGAAAUCGAGCGACGUCGAGCCAUGAUGAGACAGCGGGCUCAGGAAAGAGAGAACGAGGAACUGGAACUUCUGGAAUUGGAGGAUGAAGGUCGAUCUGGAGAAGAGUCAGAAGAGGAGUCAGAGUACGAAGAAUAUACAGACAGUGAGGAUGAAACUGAACCCAGGCUAAAGCCUGUCUUUAUAAGAAGGAAGGACCGUGUCACAGUGCAGGAACGUGAGGCCGAGGCCAUAAAGCAGAAAGAGCUGGAGCUGGAAGCAAAACGCUUGAGUGAGGAGCAACGCAAAUACACUCUGAAGAUUGUGGAGGAGGAGGCCAGGCGAGAGAUCGAGGAGUCCAGGAGAACGCUGUCAGCUCUCGAUGCGCUGAACACUGAUGAUGAGAAUGAUGAAGAGGAAUAUGAGUCAUGGAAAGUACGAGAACUUAAACGCAUCAAGCGGGACAGAGAGGAGCGGGAAUCGUGAGUACUGUUUGAUCACUAAAUAACAAAUUCCCAUUCCCUAAACCCUUGCAGCAACAUCGUCAGCACACAGACUGCAUACCCAACUCUCACUGAUAGCUGAAUCAUUAUCCCAUAAUGAAGUAAAUCGGUAAUUUCUUCAAGCAGCAUGUAAGUACAUUACUUUCUUUAGUGUGUCUUUAUUUAUAAUCAUACAAUACUCACUUUGAGUAAAAUUAAUUUUCUUUUCCCCUCUUCUAAUUGUGAGAGAGACAGAGUCAGUCUUGCUCCCCCUCUCCACAUGACUGUCUAUGUGAAUGAAUUGAUCAGUUUGAGUUUGUAAAGGGUCAGUCAUUUCAUUACCAUCACGU